AUUAGCUGUAUGCUUGCAAACUCAUGGAGUAAAAAACAGUCAUCUUUUUUCAGGAACAAGCUACCAUUUGUGCUAAACGUGUAAUCCUAGCUCUACAUAGAGAUGCUCUCAUGGAAAUCGACUGGCAACCUCUCAAAAAUCAGAAAUUUAUUGACUCUCGGCUUAAUGCUGUCUAUGGACAAGAUGCAUUAAAAAUGUAUCUUGGCUAUGAGGAGCCAUGGUGGGAGAAACUAGGGUUCACAACAGGGAGGGCUGUCUCUACGCUUCCUGUCAGACAGAUGAUUUACAAGGGCAAGGGGAAACCCUCCUCCGAUACAUCAAAAGACGUUAACAGUAAAUCAAUGAUGUUGGUGUACCCAUCUUAUCCACAUGCUUCAUUCUGGGAUGACUCAAUGUUGAAUAGCCAUCUGUUAGCCACACCGCUAGCAACCAACAUGCUUGCUAGCGAGUACAACAUAUCAGAGACGAUUUUAGCAGAGGCCCAUAACCAGAUCGCAGAGGUUCAUCAACUACGACCUGAAGACCUAGCAAGACCGUACACAGGUGUAAUGCAUUAUUGGAAACAAGGUGGACCCCAAGGGUCAGCAUUCUAUUCCUGGAAGGGUGGUGCUGACUGGGAAAACAUUUCUAAACAAAUGAUCAAACCCAUUGAGGACGAAAACGUACACAUCGUUGGAAGCUGCUAUAGUACACAUCAACAUUGGAUUGAGGGAGCUCUGACCUCAGUGGAAGAACUAUUAAAUAUGCAUUAUAACCAGCAAAAUGAUACCUGGAUUGAGAACAAAAGGGUAGACAGGCGUAGACGCGGUGUCUACUCCAGAGAAUAUGAAAACAUUCCUCGAUGGACCUAAACUUGAAAUAGAGUAUUUUUAAACUGACAUGAAUUAGAUGUAUUCUUCUAUUGAAUAUCCACCAGCUAUCCCCUCACCAGCAUUCCAUCAUCCUUAUGGUUAGCAUACUAUUGAUUAGAUAGCAUUAGUUUGACAUUGAUUGACCAUUACAAUGCUGCAAUCCUAGAUAAUUUCGAAACUCUGAAGACUUUCUUACUUUAAAAAAUAUGCUAUCUUGGCCCAUUUAUUUUUGCACAUUGUCUCAUAUCCUAGGUCUAAAUUCAUAUAAUUCAAAAUUAAAAAUAAUUAAAUAGUUUAUUGAAACAGAAUUUAUAAUAUUGUAUUUAAAAAAGGUAAAAAUGGGCAGUCGUUUUAUUGUACAAAUCCUUAUUUCUACUACAGAGUCAAAAUAAAUAUGCAACGUCAAAAUUA